AGGUGAGGUACAUGAAAAUGACUGCUAAGCUGAUGCAUCACCACAUCGAGGAUCAUCUUUGAGCAAGUUUCUGUCGCCACAAGAGGGAGGGACUUAAGCACGGAGGGACAAUGCUCGUGUUUGUGCAACGGCCCCUGAGUGGCGGCUGCCCCUGUCGGAUCUCUUGUGCCUGACUACGGCUGCUGCACACAUUGUCAGCGUGCAGAGGGGGGAAGUGGACGGCUUGAUCCGACACCAGUCAAUGCACUGACAGAGGUGAUUUGUUUGAACCAAAGAGUGACUGUUCUUCCUGAGAGGAAGGGUGUGAAGGUUGGCACUCCGUGCCAGAAGGCUGGCCGGGUGGAUCGUGGACAGUUUAACCUGAAACUUUUGCAGAAGAGAGAGAAGAAUUGGAGGAAAUCAGUUAAAGUGUGGCCAAAAUGGCCGAGAAGAAAGUGAGCCUCCCUGCUAAGCUGAUUAACGGGGGCGUGGCCGGACUGGUGGGCGUUACCUGCGUGUUUCCCAUUGAUCUUGCCAAGACCCGCCUCCAAAACCAGCAGGGUGCUCGUGUUUAUAGUGGAAUGCUGGACUGUUUGGCAAAGACGAUCAAAAUGGAGGGCUACUUUGGCAUGUAUCGAGGUGCAGCUGUGAAUCUCACAUUGGUCACACCAGAGAAAGCCAUUAAACUGGCUGCCAAUGAUGUGUUCAGACAAAAGCUCUCCAAAGAUGGAAAAUUACCUCUGUGGGGGGAAAUCCUUGCGGGCUGUGGAGCCGGAACCUGUCAGGUGGUAGUCACCACCCCCAUGGAAAUGCUAAAAAUACAACUGCAGGAUGCUGGAAGGUUGGCUGCUCAGCGGACUGUCGCUGCCUCUGCCUCUACCGCUGGUCCAACACCUUCACUGGUUGCCUCACAGGCAGCACAACCAAGCACCAACGCCCCUCCUCGACGCUCAGCGACUCGUAUUACCCUAGAGCUACUUCAGACCCGAGGCCUCAGGGGACUUUAUAAAGGUGCAGGUGCUACACUGAUGAGGGAUGUCCCAUUCUCCAUGAUCUACUUCCCACUGUUCGCCAACCUCAACGCUGUGGGCCGCACUGAGGAUCGCCAUAGCAACCCCCAGGAGCGGGCCCCCUUCCUGCAGUCUUUCGUGGCUGGCUGCAUGGCCGGUUCAGUGGCGGCAGUAGCCGUCACUCCACUGGACGUUAUAAAGACUCGCUUACAGACCUUACAGAAGGGGGAAGGAGAGGAUUCUUACAGAGGCAUCAUUGACUGUGCACAACGUAUUUUAAAACGAGAAGGACCAUCUGCGUUUCUUAAAGGAGCGACGUGUCGAGCUUUGGUCAUCGCUCCGCUCUUCGGCAUCGCUCAGGGUGUGUACUUCCUGGGUGUCGGCGAGUCCGUGCUGGGGAUGCUGGGAUAGCGCCAGGUUACGUUACCUCAGUCUUCAUACACACAGAGUACUGUUUCUACACGGGCCAAGGGAUGAAGAUGAGAGAUGAAGGAAGAGGUGCCGAUGGAAAAAAGAAGGUCACAGAUUUUAUUUGCGAUACGGUAAACAUGGAGGGAAAUUCAUAUACCCAACCAAAAAAGGGCUCAGACACUUUGGGAGAACAGAGGAGGGUUGUGUAACGCUAACAUAAAAGCCUAUAUUGCACACUAACCAUGUUUAAGCACCUAAAACUGCAAACAGGGUUCUUUAGGUAAAACAGGGUCCUGUUUUGACUAAUCUGGCAGUUUUUUUUUUUUUUU